ACUUGGAGAUACAAGAUGGAAAAAUUUAAGAGAACAUUUUGCAGAAAAUGAUAUUAAUUUAAGAAAAAAUUCUAAAACAAGAAAAGUAGGAAAUAGAGCAUUAUCAUUUGAAAUAGUAAUGAAUGUUAUUACUUUUAUAACAAAUUAUGCAAAACAAAAUAGUUUAUCUUCUUCAGGUCGAAGUUUUCAUGAUAAUACUAGUAUAAUUAUAUAUUUACUAGCAGAUAUAACUUAUUUAUCUUUGCAUAUUCAAUAUUUAGAAGCUAUUAAAAAUAAUGAUCAAUAUAAA